AUGGUUUCUCAGGCUAACGCUAGACGUUUUGCACAUGAAUACCCAGCUGCAGCAGCAACUGUCAUUGAGUCAACAUACAUGGAUGAUUCAAUGGACUCCGUAGGCAGUGAAGAAGAGGGCAUUGAGUUGUAUCAUCAACUGUCCCAACUGUGGUUGAAAGCUGAAAUGUAUGCAAGAAAGUGGAUCUCAAAUUCAGUUACAGUCUUAGAAAAUAUUCCAGCCAGAGACAGAGCCGCUGAAAUCAACCUUGAAACUGAGACUGAACAAACAGUUCUUCACACAUUUGUAGAUGCAUCUGAAGAAGCAUAUAGUGCCGUGACUUAUGUUCGUCGUAAAAAUCAAAACGAUGAAAGGAUCACAACCUGUGGCCUAAAGGAUUUAAAGAAAAAACAACAGUGUGAUGAUACUGAGAAAAAGCAAAAAUAUCAGGCUAAAUCAACAGACUCAUACCUCAUACAAGAUGAAUAUCAAAUAAAUGAUAGACUAGAGCCCAAACAUUUCUCAAGUUGGACAAGAAUGCUCAGAGUGUUUGCAUGGGUGAAUAGAUUCAUCACAAACGGUAGAACUAAGAAACAAUCUGAAAGUGAUAUACUGACAUAUGUUGAACUGAACAGAGCUGAAAAUAGAUACAUUCUUUAUGCACAGAAAGAAGCUUUCCCAAAUGAGUACUCAGCAUUACUUAGUGAAAAACCUCUACCAAGCAGAAGCAAAGUUGUGUCUCUAAAUGCAGUGCUAGAUGAAAAUCGUUUGAUAAGAAGUAACACUAGACUUCAAUUUUCAAAGGAAUUACCAUUCAAUACAAUGUGUCCAGUUGCAUUGCCAAGGAGGCACCCGGUGACAAAGUUAAUUGUGAAGCACUUUCAUGAACAAAAUGGACAUUGUGGUACAAAUCAAACAUUAGCUGCAUUGUCAACGAGAUACUGGUUGAUCUCAGGGCGUGAGGAAAUACGUGAAGUUGAAAAAGAUUGCCGAAAAUGCAGAUUACUGAAAUCAAGAAUAAGUCAGCAAAUUAUGGCCCCAUUGCCAAAACAAAGGACAGAAAAGACAUUAAGAGCAUUUGCAUACACCUCAGUGGACUAUGGUGGGCCAUUCCUCACGAAACAAGGCAGAGGGAAAUCUAGACAGAAGAGAUAUUUGUGUUUGUUCACAUGUUUAUCAAGCCGAGCGGUACACCUAGAAAUGGCAACAAAUUUGGACACUGUUUCAUUUCUGAAUGCAUUUUGCCGAUUCAAAAGUAGACGUGGAGUGCCAAAAGAAAUGUUUUCUGAUAAUGGAACAAACUUUGUUGGUGCACGUCGUGAACUGAAAGAACUAUAUGGUCAAAUAGACAAAGAUAAAGUUAAAGCCAAGACAGCAGACCAAAGCAUGAAGUGGCAUUUCAACCCUCCGUCUGCACCCCACUUUGAAGGUAUUCAUGAAAUUAUUAUUAAAAGUGCAAAAAGAGCAGUGUAUAGAAUCUUGAGCGGUGCAGAUGUUACUGAUGAAGAGUUGCAAACUGCAUUCAUCGAAGCUAAAGGAUUGAUUAACAGCCGUCCACUGUCUUAUCAGAUUUCCAAUCCAUCAGACAACACAGUCCUGACACCCAAUCACUUCCUACAUGGACAGUUAGGAGGUGAGUUUGCACUGAAGCAGCAGACGACAUCGUAUAUGAUCACAAGAAAAGAUGGCACCGAGUACAAGAAAUAG